CUUUUUUUUUUUUUUUCUCGUCGCGUCUAUAAGAAUCUCUCAAGAUCUCUCUCUCAUAAUUUGGAAUCUUGGAUCAUUCUUUCUAGAUCAUUCGUCUUUUUUUCCGGAUUUUGAGAGAUUUCACUUUUCUUUUCUUUUUUUUCCGAUCAACCGCCGUGGAUUUUGUUUUCCGAUGACGAUCAAAGAUGAGUCGGAGAGUUGCGGUAGUAGAGCCGUCGUUGCUUCGCCGGCUCAAGAAAACCCUAGACAUUACCGGAUGAAACUCGAUGUUUACAGUGAGGUUUUACAGCGACUUCAAGAAUCUAAUUACGAAGAAGCCACUCUUCCUGAUUUCGAAGAUCAACUUUGGCUCCAUUUCAAUCGUCUUCCUGCUCGAUAUGCUCUUGAUGUUAAAGUUGAGAGAGCGGAAGAUGUUCUUACUCAUCAGAGAUUACUAAAAUUGGCUGAAGAUCCUGCAACUAGGCCUGUCUUUGAAGUUCGUAGUGUACAGGUUUCUCCUAGAAGCUCUGCUGACUCUGACCCUGCGGUGGAGGAAGAUGCUCAAAGCUCUCACCAACCAAGCGGGCAGGGGGUUCUUGCUCCUCCAACUUUUGGUUCUUCUCCAAAUUUUGAGGCUAUUACUCAGGGAAGUAAAAUGGUUGAAGAUGUUGAUAGUGUUGUGAAUGCAACAUUGUCUACUCGACCAAUGCACGAGAUCACAUUUUCAACCAUCGAUAAACCAAAACUCCUUAGCCAGCUAACUUCCCUGCUUGGUGAGCUUGGACUGAAUAUUCAAGAGGCUCAUGCUUUUUCCACUGUAGAUGGUUUCUCUCUAGAUGUCUUUGUAGUUGAUGGUUGGUCUCAGGAGGAAACAGAUGGUCUGAAGGAUGCAUUGAGCAAAGAGAUAUUGAAGCUUAAGGAUCAACCUGGUUCAAAACAGAAAUCUAUUGCUUUCUUUGAGCAUGACAAAUCAAGCAAUGAGCUUAUACCCGCCUGCAUUGAAAUACCCACGGAUGGAACUGAUGAGUGGGAAAUUGACGUGUCACAGCUCAAAAUUGAAAAGAAAGUGGCAUCUGGUUCAUAUGGGGAUCUGCAUAGAGGCACUUAUUGCAGUCAGGAAGUAGCUAUCAAAUUUCUCAAGCCUGAGCGUGUAAACAAUGAGAUGCUUAGAGAAUUUUCUCAAGAAGUUUUUAUAAUGAGGAAAGUUCGACACAAAAACGUCGUUCAAUUUUUGGGUGCAUGCACAAGAUCUCCAACGCUCUGUAUAGUGACUGAGUUUAUGGCUCGAGGGAGCAUAUAUGAUUUUCUUCACAAACAGAAAUGCGCUUUCAAACUUCAAACUUUGCUUAAAGUUGCACUUGAUGUAGCAAAAGGAAUGAGCUAUUUGCAUCAAAACAACAUUAUUCACAGGGACCUUAAGACUGCGAAUCUUCUUAUGGAUGAACAUGGACUUGUCAAGGUUGCUGAUUUCGGAGUUGCCAGAGUGCAGAUUGAAUCAGGAGUCAUGACAGCUGAAACAGGGACUUACCGGUGGAUGGCUCCAGAGGUCAUUGAGCACAAACCUUACAAUCACAAGGCAGAUGUGUUCAGUUAUGCGAUAGUGCUAUGGGAACUUCUGACUGGUGACAUCCCAUAUGCUUUCUUGACUCCACUACAAGCAGCUGUUGGCGUUGUCCAAAAGGGGCUUCGACCAAAGAUUCCAAAGAAAACACACCCAAAAGUGAAGGGACUUCUAGAGAGAUGCUGGCAUCAAGACCCGGCACAGAGACCACUGUUUGAGGAAAUCAUAGAAAUGCUACAACAGAUAAUGAAAGAGGUUGGAGAUGAGGACCCUAGCAAGGACAAGCAGUGCAUUGGGUCUGCAUCAAUUGCUGUGGAAGAGAUGGUGUUCUUGAGUUGGGGUCGUCCAUCUUCCGAGCAACAGCAACAAGUAAUCAACAAAACAGGAACCUUCAAUUAUGACAACAAGUACAGAGGAGUUUCGUCUAGGUCUAUAGCUAAACUUAAGGAAGAUUCAGAGGUUGAUAAAGAUGGAUUCUUGAUCAAUCAUGCUCGUGUUUUAGUCGGUUCGGGUAGAGAGAGUUAUGAGAAGGGCAAAAAAGCUCUACAGAAUUGGAAGCAUUUUGGUAUGGAUUGGACAUUUGUUGAUCCUGCAACUCCUGUUGAAACCGGUAAGAAGUUUUGCAUUUGUGUGAAAGAAGUUCUUCCGUGGGUGAUGCUUCCUCUGCAAGUGGUUUAUGUUGACGAAAGCCGGAAAUCAAGAAAAGGCCCUGCGCAUUUCAGUUACGGAAGCGGUACUCUUCAGGGUCAUUUACUCGCUGGAGAAGAACGGUUUUCGAUAGAGCUUGACGGAAAUGGUGAAGUAUGGUAUGAGAUAACGUCGUUCUCAAAGCCAGCUCAUUUCUUGUCGUUCCUCGGGUAUCCUUAUGUGAAGCUAAGGCAGAAGCACUUCGCUCGUCAUUCUUCUGAAGCAGUGCUAAAACAUCUCAAUGCUUCGUGAUGAUACCGAAAAUGAAUAUAUUUCAAUACA